AUGUCCCAGCCCGGCAGCCCCCGGCCGAGCCGCCCGGAGCAGCCCCGAGCAGAGCCGGUCCCACCGCCAGAGGUGGCCGAGCCCUCGCUCCCUGCCCCGAGGCCGAUCCCAGCGCUGCCCCCGGCCGAGCCCCGGACCCCCGCCCGCCCCGAGGCGCCGACGAAGGAGAAACCGCUGGAAGAUGACAAAUCCCCAGCCGUGCUGACGAAAGCCCCCCGGGCCGAGCUCAGCGAAGCUGUGACAUCCCCAGGUGCGGCCACCCCACCCCACCCCCCCGCAAGCCCCCCCGGGCCCUGCACCCACCUGCUGCCCAACGGCGAGGCGGGGAACGGGACGUGCCGGGCGGCGCAGAAACCGCAGCGAAAGCUGCAGCCGCACCACUCCAUCAACAGCCAGAGCAGCAAGAAGAGCAAGGGCAGCUCCAAGUCUCCCUCUUCCCACAUCCCCAUCGAGGCGCAGGAAGACUGCUGCGUCCACUGCAUCCUCUCCUGCCUCUUCUGUGAGUUCCUGACCCUCUGCAACAUCGUGCUGGACUGUGCCACCUGCGGCUCCUGCACCUCCGAGGACUCCUGCAUCUGCUGCUGCUGCUGCAACUCGGGCGAGUGCGCCGACUGCGACCUGCCCUGCGACAUGGACUGCGGCAUCAUCGACGCCUGCUGCGAGUCCGCCGACUGCCUGGAGAUCUGCAUGGAGUGCUGCGGGCUCUGCUUCUCCUCCUGAGGGCUCUGCUGGGCCGGGGGAUCCGCCCUGGGACCCCCCGGGCUCCGGCCAGUCCUGCGGGAAAACUCGCGGAGGAGGAGGAGGAGCGAAUUCCCUGUUGGAAUCUUCAUCCUUGGAGCCGGAUCCUGCCCGGGGAAGGGCGAACCCAGAGGGCCGUGGGGGCUCUGGCUGUGUCCUGUGCUGCUCUACCUCUGCCCGCACCGGGGGAUGGCGGCAGCUCCUGCCACCUGAGCCGAGAGCAGGAGCGCCCGUCCU